AUGUGUAUGGUAUUGUGUUCUUUUAUAAGGACUGUAAAAUGAGUAGUGUACAAUAAAUUGUACACUAUUUUCAAAUUUGUUCCCUUUUUUCAAACUCGUACCUGCAGUAGACAGUUUAUUAGGUUGCUUAUAACAUAUAACAGACCAAACGAGGCACAUAAAAACUAUUUACACCAAAAUCUAAUUUAACGAGUGUGGAUGAUUUACAUACACCAAAGUACUUAAACCUUCAUUAUUUUAAUAAUAAUUACUAAUGGAUUAUUAUUUGAACAACAAACAUCCGUAAAUCUCUUUAGCUCGUUAUUGUAAAUAUUUUGAAGUUUUAUUCACCUCGAUUAGUUUUAAGUGAUAACUAGAUGAUAAAAUUAUAAUAGUCUGGGCACAAUGUUACACAAUUUAACGGAAAAGCUUUGGUUUGCAAUGCAAAAAUAAGGAAUUAUCAGUAGGGAAGAGAUGACUUCAAGUGCAUCAGAAUGUUACCUAAUAUCAUAAUUUGUAAUGUUUAAACGAAUGCAAAAAACAGAAAUAACGUUAACUUCGGUUGCAUAGAUUUUUUAAUACCCUUCACAAAUACAAAAGAUUCCAUAUAAGAACAUGAUUUCCAUCAGACAGUUUAUAUGACAUGUAUUUUAUAUACAAGUACCACUCGCUUUGCCCCGUGGUGUUACCUGUCGUUUAUUAAUUAUUGUUUUUUAACAGUAAAAAUAAUGAGUAUUCUCAUUUUCAAAAGCAAAAUAGUUUAAAUUUGAGCAUUGGAAAGAUCAAUUUAUAAAAUUUGAUGACCAACAGAACGGGGCAAUUGAUUAUGCUUAUGUCUCGGGUCGUAGAGACCUAACAUUUUAUUGCAGCACAAUAUUGCAGUAAACAACGUUGCGAAAUUUAUUGCUGUCUGCGUAAGAAAAAAGGUUUCUUGCUGUCGACACACUCCAGCAACCCACAUACAGUUGUCCGUGGCAGAAGAGCAGGGUGCCCUGGUGAAUGCCAUCAACUUUUAAAGUUUGUCCUUGAUUUUUAUUUAUAGCGAUAGAGAAAGUCACUUCUAAACAGUGUUGGUACAUGUAGGGAAAAUUCCCUACACGUAGGGAUUUAAUUCGAAAAAAAUGGACGUGGGGAAAAAAGGACAGAUUUUUAUAUAUAAGUAAAAUGUAGGGAUUUUCCGACAAAGCAAAAUCGAAAUUUCUAUGUAAUUUUUUUUCGGGCAAAAUACAAAUAAGUCUAUUUGGCAACUUUUUAUCAAGAAUAUGUUCGAAUGGCAGCAUUAAAUCGGUUUCAACUUCACGUUGUCAAAGGCAACACUCUGAAAAAGUGUUUGUAUGGCAACAUGCUGGCGUCGCAUAUAAUUCGUUUGCCGCUUUUUAAUUUGAUUGCUGACUUUUUGUGAGAAAUGAGUUCUUCAACAGAAUCGGACGAGAGUAUUGCAAAGAGCCGCAAAUAUCGUAAACAAAAGUUUACAAAUAAAUGGCUAGGAGACGAAAGAUUCAAGGGUUGGUUACAAGCUCUGGCCGGUGAGUCGUUUAAAUGCAAAUGCGCUGCCUGCAACAAAAUUUUAAAUUGCGGCAAGUCUGAUUUAUUGAAACACGCAGAAACAAAAGCACACCAGAAAAAUGUAAAAGCCAUAAGCAAAACGAGCAAAUUGAAUACGUUUUUUAAGAGAAACGUAAAUGCAGAAGAGGAUAUAGAUAAAAAAAAAUUUGAAAUAAGACUCAGCAUGUUUUUCGCUGAACACAAUGUCGCUUUGACAGUGGUAGAUCACCUAAUCCCACUUUUGAAAGAAAUAGCGCCGGAUUCUGAAAUUAUAAAAAAUGUUGAUCUUGGGAGGAAAAAGUGCACCAGCAUAAUAAAAAAUGUAGUAGCAAAAGAAGAAAAGGACAACUUGGUAAAUAAGUUAAAAGUAAACCCGUUUUCCGUAAUGAUCGACGAGAGCACAGAUAUCGGCCUCAAUAAGCAUAUGUGCAUCCUGGCCAGGUUUUACGACGAAGAAAAGGGACGAGUUGUGGUAAAGUUGUUGGAUCUACUACCAAUAGGAGCUGAUUGCACUGGAGAUGCUCUAUACAAGACUUUUAAGGAAUUAAUUUUAUCCCUAGGAAUUCCAUUUAAUAACAUAAUUGGCAUGUGCAGCGACGGCGCAAAUGUUAUGGUCGGGAAAUGCAAUUCAUUCGCUUCCAGGUUGAUUAAUGACAUUCCAAACGUGGUCGUUGUAAAAUGUAUUUGCCAUUCGGCCGCAAUUAUUGCAAGUAAAGCUUGCUUAGCACUGCCAAGAGCACCCGAAGAUCUUUUGCGGCAAAUCGGUUCGUAUGUCUCUGGAAGUUCCAAGAGAUGUGCGCAAUUGGAAGUUGUGCAGGAAAUGCUAGAUUUGGUAAAGCAGGUUAUGGAGUCAAGUGCAUCAUGUGGCGCAGAUUUAGCGCAGGGAAGUGGUAAAGAUCAGCAUGAAAAUGGUGAGCCAUCGUUGAACAACGAUCGGGUAAGGACGCAGUUGGAGGUGCAGAUUAGCGCGUUAUGUGGCGCAGUGGAAGUGCUAACUGCACAACUGCAUACUCUUCGUUUAACAGUUCCGGACAUUCGAGAAACAGUGCCCCCAGUUACGCAAGCGCCGAUACCAACGUCGUUGACAAUGUCAGCAUCAUUUGCGUCGCAUGUAGAACGCAAUUUAUCUUGCACGCAUGUAUGCAAUCAUCGUCAUAUCUGCAUACACUCAGUUCUCGAAAUUGGACGAAGAAAGGAGAGAGACAAGGAGUUAAUAUUACGGUUGUUCCAAGCUACAAAUCCUAAUACUGGCAAAACUCCCACUCCAACAAUAUACCAAGAAGCCAUGAUGCAAUACCAGAAUGUAACAGAUGUACAAAUCGAAGACAUAAAGGAAUUACCUAUUUUCCAAGGAAACAAAGAAGAAUACGACAUUGAAGAAGAAGAAACGGUCACUAUUUUCGAGCAAAUAAACGAUGAAAUCGAGAACGAAGAGGACCACGAUGAAACUGUAGAUCCUAUAGUCGAUGAUGCCGAAGAAACUUCCGUCUUCGAUAGUUCAAUCGGUAUUGAAGACGAUGAAAACCCAACACCUGGUCCGUCAAGAAGAAUGAAGCGACGGAAAUUGACCUAA